UUCAUCAGCCGCAUAGCAAAGACAGCUGAUGUUGUUUUGGUGAAACAGCGGCGUGCAACUUGACGACGAUUACGUAUGUACUGCAUACAUUGCUGACAAUGAGACGUUUGCUUGGCAGACUUUGGAAGCAUCGCGAUGCAGUUGUUUUGCAAACAUUUCCACGUUCAUUGAUUAAUGGCAGCUGGAGUUGUGCUAGUUCCCGCUGGUUUUCGAGCAGUGUUAAACCAAAUCCCAGUCAGGGUGAGCAGGCCCAUUGCAAUGUUGGCACUAUUGGGCAUGUGGAUCACGGCAAGACAACAUUAACGGCAGCCAUUACCAAGAUCCAAUCUGGUAAGGGUCUGGCUGACUAUGUAUCCUACGACCAGAUCGAUCGAGCGCCUGAAGAAAAGGCACGCGGCAUCACAAUUAAUGCCUGCCACAUUGGCUAUGCCACCAAGGAACGCACCUAUGCACACACCGACUGUCCCGGUCAUGCGGAUUACAUCAAGAACAUGAUUUCUGGUGCCUCGCAAAUGGAUGGUGCAAUUCUGGUGGUUGCAGCCACAGAUGGACAAAUGCCACAGACGCGCGAGCAUUUGCUGCUCGCCAAGCAAGUAGGUAUUGAACGCAUUGUGGUGUUCAUCAACAAAGCCGAUUUGGUGGAUCAAGAAGUGCUCGAGCUAGUCGAGAUUGAGAUGCGUGAAAUGUUAACGGACUUUGGUUUUGAUGGCGUCAACAGCCCAGUUAUUUGUGGCUCUGCGUUGCUAGCACUGCGUGGUGAUCAGUCCAGUUUCGGUGUGCCGGCUAUCGAGCAGCUUUUGCAACAUUGUGAUAACUAUAUUCCCACGCCCAAACGUGACACAACUGCUCCGUUUAUUCUACCCAUUGAUAAUGCAUUUACGGUGCCCGGUCGCGGCACAGUUGUCGUUGGCACCAUCAAACGUGGCACCAUUCUGCGCAAUGCCGAUGCUGAUCUGCUGGGUUUUAAUCAAAACCUUAAGACCACCGUCAGUGAUAUACAGAUCUUCCGGAAGAGCGUUCCUCAGGCGUUGGCGGGAGAGAAUGUGGGCGCUUUACUGCGUGGUAUUAAGAUUUCAGCGGUGGAACGAGGCAUGUUGUUGUGUGCCACCGGCUCUGAGAAUAUAUCCAAUCACUUCGAGGCGUCAAUGUAUUUGCUAUCGCGUGCCGAGGGUGGACGUGUCAAACCCAUGCUCUCCAAGUACAUUCAACAACUGUUCAGCAUGACUUGGAACACGCCGGCUCGUAUUGAUAUGGUGCCACACGAAUCCAUGUUGAUGCCGGGCGAGCAUAGCAAAGUGCGUGUGACGCUGAUGCGCAAGAUGGUCAUGACGCCGGGACAAGCGUUUACAAUUCGCGAGAAUGGAAUGACUGUGGCAACGGGCAUGAUUACACAACGAUUACCAUCCCUCGAUUUGCCCAAGAACAAGUUGUCCAAGGCGACAAUUGAAUGCUAAAUAAGAGUUUUCGUUUAUUGAGACGAGUAUUCUAGAUCGCCUUAGUACAAAUUCAUUUGUUUAAUUUCAGUGUACAUGUGUAUGUAUAUAUUUAAUAAAUAAAUACAUAUUAAUCAUAUUCAUAAUCAAAGAAAUGCCAACAGUUGGUUUCAAUUAAAUUAUACAUGUUUGCAGAAAUCACUCUUUGAAUCGCGCUAAGUGAGAAUACACAUUAAUACAUAGAAAUAGGUAAAUUUCACAAAAAAAAAAGAAUACAUAAAUGGAAUACAGCUUCGUUACAGAGCCAAAAAGACACUCUUUAUAUAUAUACUAUAGUAUAUAUUAUUAUUGUAUUGUAUUAUUGUUAAAUGUGUGUAUAUAGUUAUCUUAACACUUUACAAGUCUCUGAAUUGCAAACGUUUAAGGCAACAUAUCGGCCUUUGUAUACAUAGAGUUUCGUUUAUCAUUUACUAUAUAAUUCAUCUUUCACAUUUCUUUAAGUACUUUUUUCUUUCUAAGUUAAGGUACAAGGUUUUUUAUUUAUUGCAACUUAGGAAUGCUUUUGUUUUCUACGUUUUGAGAGUCUAACUCCCGGCACACAGGCGAUUUAAACAUACUAAAUAAUUAUUUCUGAUAUUGGUUUCGAACCAAUUUGAAUUCAAGGAUUUGUCGAUAAGGGGCUCAUUUUAAACUAAACAGGAACUACAUUUAGGCAAUUGCUAGGCUCUCUAAUCAAACAUUUCACUAACAUUUUCUUUUUUUUUUUUUUGUUU